AGGUUUGCCAAAUUAACCAGCCAAAGUCGGCUUCAAAGAAAAAAAAAAAAUAAAGGCAUUCUCUCUCUUGUCAUCUCUGAGUACUUCCUCUCUCACACUCUCUCCUGCAAUCUCAAAGCCUGAAAACAAAAAAUGGCGGCAACUUCUUCUAGAAGAUCCUCGAGCGGACCGGUCAUCCGAUCGGUUUCUCCGUCAGGCAGAUUCCACCUUCCUCACUCUCCUACUUCAAAUGCUUUCGCUUCUUCCACCUCCAGCUUCGCCUCUCGCUCCUCUACCUUAUUUUCUGGGUACCACCAAUACCACAGAUCUGCAUCCCCAACUCGUGUUAACUUGUACGGAAACUCUCCGUCUGCCCCUUCUGUACGUAUCUCACUUGAUCGUCCGAUCUCCCCCAAUCGCUCCAUCUCCACCAUCAAUACUCCUCGCGGCCAACAAGUCGUCAGGGAGCCUAGAACUACCAAGAGAACUUGUAUGUGCUCGCCUACGACGCACCCGGGGUCCUUCCGUUGCAGCCUCCACAAGAACAUGAACAAUUCACACUCCGCCCCCAAUUGCUCGCCUAAUACUCGCUUAAACGCGCGCAGAUCGGCGAUGACUAACUCGUUGGUGAGAAUCUGUGGAGUGGAGGGUGAUUUGGUCAAGAGAGCUUUGUCAGCUUUGAUUCGGCCGUCUUCACACCAGCAAAGGCGGCGCGCAGCUUUCCAGUCUCGACCGAGUCGGCUCUCUGUCAUGAGCAAAGCCGAAGAUUUGUGAUAAUUAGGGGUAUUUCAGACAACAAACUUCUUGCUCGAUUAAUUGUCGUAAUUUUCCUGCGACGGAGAGGCUCAGUUCCGGCGAGUGGCAGCGCACGAGAAUCGCAACGGACAUGUUUUAUUGGAUCCGAUAGCAGGAGCUUGAUAUCUAUAUAUUUUUUAGUGUACAUACCUACAACGAUAUAUGAAAGAGUUGUGGCCGUGAAUGGCCAAAUUCAGGACUAA